AUGGAGCAGCCAACGAUGGAUAACCCCGAGAACAAGCAACAGCCGCCCCAGGUUCAACCGUGCAGGUACAAGGUCGGCAAGACGCUCGGUGCCGGCUCCUACUCAGUCGUCAAGGAGUGCGUCCACAUUGACACGGGCCGCUACUAUGCUGCCAAGGUCAUCAACAAGCGCCUCAUGGCCGGGCGCGAGCACAUGGUCCGCAACGAAAUCUCCGUCCUCAAAAAGGUGUCCAUGGGCCACCAAAACAUCCUCACCCUCGUCGACUACUUCGAGACGAUGAACAACCUCUACCUCGUCACCGACCUCGCCCUCGGCGGCGAGCUAUUUGAUCGCAUCUGCCGCAAGGGCUCCUACUACGAGUCCGACGCCGCAGACCUCAUCCGUGCCACCCUGUCCGCCGUCGCAUACCUCCACGACCACGGCAUCGUCCACCGCGACCUCAAGCCCGAGAACCUCCUCUUCCGCACCCCCGAGGACAACGCCGACCUCCUCAUUGCCGACUUUGGCCUCUCGCGCAUCAUGGACGAGGAGAAGUUCCACGUCCUGACGACGACGUGCGGUACGCCGGGGUACAUGGCCCCCGAGAUCUUCAAGAAGACGGGCCACGGCAAGCCCGUCGAUCUCUGGGCCCUUGGCGUCAUCACCUACUUCCUCCUCUGCGGGUACACGCCCUUUGACCGCGACUCGGACUUUGAGGAGAUGCAGGCCAUUCUCAACGCAGACUACAGCUUCACCCCCAUCGAGUACUGGCGCGGCGUGUCCACCCACGCCAAAGACUUUAUCCGCCGCUGCCUGACCGUCGACCACACCAAGCGCAUCACCGCCCACGAGGCUCUCCAGCAUCCUUUUGUCGCCGACCAGGAGCCUUCGGAUGGUGCCGGCGAGAACCUGCUGCCCACAAUCAAGAAAAACUUCAACGCCCGCCGCACCCUGCACGCCGCCAUCGACACCGUCCGCGCCAUCAACAAGCUUCGCGAGGCCCAGAACCUGAUGAUGGACGGCGCCCGCUCCGGCGAACCCUCUGGCGCAAAGGCGGCCGCGCGCGGCUCCGCGUCGACGGCGGUGCGCAAGGACGACAGCGCGAUAUCUCUCGGCAAGGACGACAGCGGCUACGCCACGCAGCCCGACUCGGACGACGUGGUCAUGGGCAACACGCAGGCCGGCACCAGCGGCGUACCGGCAUCGUUACGGCCGGGGAACCAGGCAAACCGCGUCGUCCAGACAAGCCACGGGCUCUGGAGCGCCCCCACGUCGCAGAGGUAG